AUGGUGGCAACCUGCGCUGCGUUGCCGGCGCGCCAGCUUCUAAUGUUUCCUCAUAAAGAACCCGGGACUCGUCCUCAUCCGACGCACACCGGCAGCCGGGCUCUCCUCCGCGGCAGGCUCCGACCGUGGCAGUGUGACUAUACGUGCAAGUUUCUCCCCCCCACCCCACCGCUGCUCCCAAUCUCCGCUCUCCGAGCCGCCGAACUUCCUCUCAGUGUUCCCGUCAAACUGAAUCGCCGACCUUGGCAGUGCGCUUUGGAGGAAAGAAAAAAAGAAACUGCAGCCAGUGGCCGCUCGGUUUGCGGACGACGAGGGAAGUUUAAAGUGAGAGGCUGCGACGGCGGUUCGGGUUUUUGCGCUCCCGGAUCGGUGCGCUCCGCCCGGCUCGAGCGGUUCCCAGACGGGGAGACCCGGCAGGCAGCGGGGCAGACAACGGCAGAACCACGCCGGGACUCGGACCCAGUAGCGCGCUUCCAGCUCACCGGGCACUUGUUGUCCGGUCUGCCCGAUGACGUGCCUCCCUACUUUAAGACCGAGCCAGUGCGUAGCCAGCUCCAUCUGGAACGCAACAGGCUGGUGCUGACCUGUAUGGCUGAGGGAAGCUGGCCACUGGAGUUCAAAUGGAUCCACAACAGCACGGAGCUGACCCGCUUCUCGCUGGAGUACAGGUACCUAAUCCCUUCGCUGGAUCGCUCCCAUGCUGGUUUCUACCGCUGCAUUGUGAGGAAUCGGGUGGGAGCCCUUCUGCAGAGGCGCACAGAAGUACAGGUGGCCUUUAUGGGCAGUUUUGAGGAGGGUGAACGCACCCAGUCAGUCUCCCAGGGAGAGGGUGCCGUUAUCCCAGCUCCACGCAUUCGCAGCUUCCCUCAGCCGCAGGUCACCUGGUUCAGAGAUGGGCGCAAGAUUCCACCCAGCAGUCGCAUUGCCAUCACUCUGGACAACACGCUGGUUAUCCUGUCUACGGUGGCGCCAGAUGCCGGGCGCUACUACGUUCAAGCAGUAAAUGACAAGAAUGGAGAGAACAAGACCAGCCAGCCCAUCACUUUGUCAGUAGAGAAUGUUGGAGGUCCAGCGGACCCCAUUGCCCCCACCAUCAUCAUCCCUCCCAGGAACACUAGCGUGGUUACAGGCACCUCCGAGGUCACAAUGGAGUGUGUGGCCAACGCCAGGCCUCUUAUCAAGUUGAGUAUCUCAUGGCGGAAGAAUGGUGUGUUGGUGAGCAGCGGUUUGAGCGACUUCAACCGCAGGCUGACCAUCCUCAGUCCCGUGGUGAGCGACGCCGGCUACUACGAGUGUGAGGCAAUUCUCCGCAGCAGCAGUGUGCCCUCAGUCAGUGCUGGGGCUUAUCUGCACGUACUCGAACCACCACAGUUUAUUAAGGAGCCAGAGAAACACAUCACAGCUGAGAUGGAGAAGGUGGUGGACAUUCCCUGUCAGGCACGAGGAGUGCCCCAGCCAGACAUUGUGUGGUACAAGGAUGCUUUGCCCAUCGACCCAGUGAAGACGCCCAGGUACAGGGUGCUGGUGGGAGGCAGUCUGCAGGUCAACGGCCUCCUGCCCGAUGACACCGGGAUGUUCCAGUGCUUCGCCAGAAACCUGGCAGGAGAAGUUCAGACUAACACCUACCUGGCCGUUACAAGCAUUGCGCCGAAUAUCACAGCCGGACCCUCUGACAGCACUGUGAUCGACGGCAUGUCAGUCAUCCUGCACUGUGAAACCUCUGGAGCUCCAAGACCGGCCAUCACCUGGCAGAAAGGCGAGCGUGUGUUGGCCAGCGGUUCGGUCCAGCUGCCCAGGUUCACGCUGCUCGAGUCAGGCAGCCUGCUCAUCUCCCCCUCGCAUAUCUCAGAUGCCGGGACCUACACUUGCAUGGCGAGCAACUCCAGGGGCAUUGAUGAGGCGUCUGCUGACCUUGUGGUCUGGGCUCGCACCAGGAUCACCACCCCUCCACAGGACCAGAGUGUUAUCAAAGGAACUAAAGCCAUCAUGGCCUGUGGAGUCACACAUGACCCCAGUGUUGCUGUCAGGCAUGUCUGGGAAAAAGAGGGCUCGGUGAUCAACGUCCAGUCCAUCCCGCGCAUGCGACUGGAUGCAGACGGCACCCUCCACAUCUCCCAAACCUGGUCAGGUGACAUCGGCACGUACACGUGCAGAGUCACGUCUGUCGGCGGGAACGACUCGCGCAGCGCACACCUCCGUGUCAGGCAGCUGCCCCAUGCCCCAGAGAACCCUACAGCCGUGCUCAGCACAUCUGAAAAAAGAGCCAUCGACCUGGCCUGGGCCAAGCCUUUUGAUGGCAACAGCCCCCUCAUACGCUACAUCCUGGAGGUUUCUGAGAACAAUGCUCCCUGGGCCAUCCUGCUGGCCAAUAUUGAGCCAGAGUCCACAGCAGUGACGGUCAAUGGCUUGAUCCCAGCUCGCUCCUAUCAGUUCCGCCUCUGUGCCGUUAAUGAUGUGGGGAAGGGGCAAUUCAGCAAGGAGACAGACCGCGUCUCUCUCCCAGAGGAGCCACCCAGUGCUCCACCUCAGAACGUCAUUGCUAGUGGCCGGACCAACCAGUCCAUCAUGAUCCAGUGGCAGCCUCCACCAGAAAGCCACCAGAAUGGCAUCCUCAGGGGCUAUACUGUCCGGUACCGCCUGACUGGGUUGCCUGUGGAUUACCAGAUCAAGAACAUUUCCAGUUCAGAUGUGACCAACCUGCUACUGGAGGAUCUCAUCAUCUGGACUAACUAUGAGAUUGAGGUGGCUGCUUACAAUGGGGCAGGUCUGGGCACUUUCAGCCAUAAAGUCACUGAAUGGACUCUGCAGGGAGUACCCACCAUUGCCCCAGGUAACGUGCAGGCCGAGGCGGUCAACUCCACAACUAUCCGUUUUACGUGGACAGCCCCCAACCCUCAGUUCAUCAACGGCAUCAAUCAGGGCUACAAGUUGCUCGCCUGGGAGCCUGUCAAAGACGGAGAAGUUUCUAUGGUAACAGUGCGACCAAACUUCCAGGACAGCGUCCACGUGGGAUAUGUGACAGGUCUGAAGAAGUUCACAGAGUAUUACACGUCUGUGCUGUGUUUCACCACACCUGGAGACGGCCCCCGCAGCCCGCCCAAAGCAUUGAGGACACACGAGGACACCCCCGGUGCCGUUGGUCACCUGAGUUUCACCGAGAUCCUGGACACCUCACUCAAAGUCAGCUGGAGUGAGCCUGGCGAGAAGAAUGGAGUUCUCACAGGUUACCGAAUUUCGUGGGAGGAGUACAACCGAACGAACACCAGAGUUACCCACUACCUGCCGAACGUCACCUUAGAGUACAGGGUCACUGGACUCACCGCUCUCACUACCUACACCAUUGAAGUGGCAGGAAUGACCUCCAAAGGCCAGGGCCAGCUGUCCUCCUCCACCAUCUCCUCUGGCGUCCCACCAGAGCUUCCUGGUCCUCCUACCAACAUGGCAAUUUCCAACAUCGGCCCACGCUCCGUCACCCUGCAAUUUAAACCAGGCUAUGAUGGCAAAACUUCCAUUUCCCGUUGGCAAGUGGAGGCCCAGGUGGGUGUGGUAGGAGAAAAUGAGGACUGGGUGAUGGUCCACCAGGUGUCCAAUGAACCUGAGGCUCGUUCCUUAGAGGUGCCAGGUCUCAACCCAUAUACCUUCUACAGGUUCCGUAUGCGUCAGGUGAACAUCGUGGGCAUUAGUCCUCCCAGCCAGCCCUCCCGGAAGAUCCAGACCCUGCCGGCUCCUCCUGACAUGGCCCCCGCCAACGUCACCCUGCGCACCGCCAGCGAGACGAGCCUCUGGUUACGAUGGAUGCCUUUGCCUGAAUGGGAAUACAACGGUAACGCCGUGCAAGUGGGCUACAGGGUUCAGUACUCCCGUGCGGGCUCACAGGGCCGGGCGUUGAUCCACGUCAUUGCCGACCGUCUGGAGAGAGAAUUCACCAUCGAGGACCUGGAAGAGUGGACCGAGUAUGAGGUCAGGGUCCAGGCCGUAAACGGCAUCGGGACAGGGCCUUGGAGCCAGCCAGUCAGAGGCAGGACAAGGGAGUCUGUCCCCUCCUGCGGACCCACCAACGUGUCUGCCUUCGCCACCACCUCUAGCAGCAUCCUGGUGCGCUGGUUUGAAGUUCCUGAGCCAGACAGGAAUGGUCUCAUUCUGGGCUACAAGGUGGUGUACAAAGAGAAGGACUCGGACAGCGCAGUCCACUUCUGGACGGUGGAGGGGAACGGCACACACAGUGUCCAGCUGACUGGUCUGGGGAAGUACGUGCUCUAUGAGAUUCAGGUCCUGGCUUUCACACGGAUUGGAGAUGGACGGCCCAGUUCCCCACCCAUCCUGGAGAGGACUUUGGAUGAUGUGCCAGGACCUCCAGUGGGCAUCCUGUUCCCUGAAGUGCGGACCACCUCAGUCCGGCUUAUUUGGCAGUCCCCCUCACAGCCCAAUGGCAUUAUACUUGCUUACCAGAUCACGUACCACCUCAACUCCACCAACAGCAACACGGCCACAGUGGACGUGCUGAACCCCAGCGCUCGCCAGUACACAGUGACCAGCCUCAAGCCGGAGUCCGUCUACGUGUUCCGCAUCACAGCGCAGACGAGGAAGGGCUGGGGCGAGGCCGCCGAGGCACUGGUGGUCACCACGGAGAAAAGAGCUCGUCCCCAGCCCACCAGCCGUCCCAUGGUUCCUCAGAAAGACGUUCAGGCGCGCCAGGUUUUGCUGUCGUGGGAGCCAGGCAGCGACGGUCUGUCCCCCGUGCGUUACUACACAGUGCAGCUCAGAGAGCUUCCUGAGAGCAACUGGACAGUCCACUCUGCCUCUGUCAACCAUGAGGCCACCUCCUACGUUGUGUCUAGGCUGAAACCCUUCACAUCAUACCAGUUCAGAGUAAAAGCCACCAAUGACAUCGGGGACAGCGAGUACAGCGAGGAAAGCGAGGCGAUUACGACCCUACAGGAUGCGCCUGACGAAGCACCCACAAUUCUGUCUGUCACGCCACACACCACAACAUCAGUGCUGAUCCGCUGGCAGCCCCCAUCUGAGGAGAAGAUCAAUGGAAUCUUACUGGGCUUUCGGAUCCGAUAUCGCGAGCUGCUGUAUGACCGCCUCCGCAGUUACUCUGUUCACACCAUCAACGGUGCAUCCACCUGGGCUGAGCUGACUGCCCCCUACAGCAUCAGGAAUCUGAGUGAUUCAACUCUGACCCAGUAUGAGUUGGACAAGCUGAGUAAACACAAGCGCUAUGAGAUUCGCAUGAGCGUAUACAACGCUGUGGGCGAGGGGCCAACCAGCACGCCACAGGAGGUGUUUGUGGGAGAAGCAGUGCCUACAGCCCCACCCCAGAAUGUGGCCAUUCAGUCCGCAACAGCCACCCAGCUGGACGUGACAUGGGACCCUCCCCCUGUGGAUGCACAGAAUGGAGACAUCCAGGGCUACAAGGUUUACUUUUGGGAGUUCCAGCGUAAGAAUGAGACAGAGCGGCUGCGGACUCUGUUCAUGCCUGAAGGAGGGGUGAAGCUGAAGAACCUGACUGGUUACACCACCUAUAUGAUCAGUGUAGCCCCCUUCAAUGCGGCUGGGGACGGACCCCGCAGCCCACCGACAAGGGGGCGCACUCAGCAAGCAGCUCCCAGUGCUCCCAGUUUCAUCCACUUCAGUGAGCUGACCACCACCUCGGUCAAUGUGUCCUGGGGCGAGCCCACCUUCCCUAAUGGCAUAAUUGAGGGCUACCGUCUGAUCUAUGAACCCUGCACACCGGUAGAUGAGUCCUCAGUGGCCUGUGCCGACUGUCUUCACUCCCCCUCCCCCCCAGGCGUCAGUAAGACAGUGACAGUGGAUGUGAAGGGGAGCGGCCCCCUCUGGCUGAAGCUCAAAGACCUGGCUGACGGCAUCACCUACAACUUCCGCAUCCGGGCCAAGACCUUCAUCUAUGGUCCCGAGGUGGAGGCCAACAUCACCACUGGCCCAGGAGAAGGAGCCCCAGGCCCCCCCGGAGAGCCCUUUAUCACACGCUAUGGUUCGGCCCUGACCAUCCACUGGACCAGCGGGGACCCAGGCCGUGCUCCCAUCACGCGCUACGUUAUCGAGGCCAGACCUUCAGAUGAGGGAUUGUGGGAUAUUCUAAUCAAGGACAUCCCCAAGGAAGUGACAUCACACACAUUCAACAUGGAUAUCCUAAAGCAAGGGGUCAGUUACGACUUCAGGGUAAUUGGAGUGAACGACUAUGGCUAUGGCUCCCCUAGUCUACCUUCUCCUUCUAUAUCUGCCCAAAAAGUGGCGCCUUUUUACGAGGAGUGGUGGUUCCUGGUUGUGGUGGCUUUGGUGGGCCUCAUCUUCAUCCUGCUGCUGGUUUUCAUCCUUAUCAUCAGAGGACAGAGCAAGAAGUAUGCCAAGAAGUCGGAAUCAGGAAACAACUCCAACUGUAACGCUCUGACCCACGGAGACAUGGUCAGCCUGGACGAAGGCCGCUUCCCCGCUCUGGAACUCAACAACCGGCGGCUGUCUGUGAAAAACUCUUUCUGCCGGAAGAACGGCGUCUACACCAGAUCUCCUCCCAGGCCCAGUCCAGGCAGUCUUCACUAUUCAGACGAGGACGUCAGCACAAAGUACAACGACCUGAUCCCUGCAGAGAGCAGCAGCCUGACCGAAAAACCCUCUGAAAUCUCUGACUCACAGGGCAGCGACAGUGAGUACGAGGUGGACCCCAACCGACAGAAGACGCACUCCUUCGUCAACCACUACAUAAGCGACCCCACUUACUACAACUCCUGGCGGCGCCAGCAGAAAGGCAUAUCGCGGGCACAGGCCUACAGCUACACCGAGUCCGAGUCGGGCGAUCCGGAUCACUGCGCCCCGCCCCCGCUGCCUCCUCUACCUCCGCUGCCACCCCAGCUCAGUUCACCCAGCCCCCAGCCUCAGCAAGCCCAGGGCCAGCCCCAGGGCCAAGGCAGCCUGUUCAGGCCCAAAGGUAGCCGGACUCCCACCCCGUCCCAGCAGAGCUCCAAUCCCCCUAGCCAGCACAGCACCCUCUACAGGCCCCCCAGCAGCCUAGCCCCUGGCUCAAGGGCCCCAAUCGCUGGCUUCUCCUCCUUUGUGUGAAAAAUGCUGAGAAGGACCUAAAGAUUUCUGGAGAUAUCAACCCAACUUGUUUAGAAGGAGAGCAUAGCAACGCGCAGUCAGCUCAAUCAAGUCAUUUACACUUUUCUUUCUUUUCAUUACUUUUUUUAAAAUUUUUUUUUACAUGUUGUCUUUAGUCGGCCUGGAUACAUGCGGAACAAGACUAUGAGACUUUUUGGAGCACUUUUUUUUUUAUUGUUUAAUGUGUGGAAGUGUGCCAGUGUAGACUUUGAGUUCUCCCACCAGUUGAUAAAGUAGUCUCUGCAACAUCUCUUCACUUUUAUUUUGCUGUUUGAACUAUUUGCAUGACUUUCUUCCCUCCUUUUUUUGUUGCUUUUCUUUGAACACACUCAAAUGCUAAUUUCUUUGAUUCUGUACAGGUCACAAGAAUCUUUGAAAACACACACACAUAUAAAUAUAUAUAUAAAUAUAUAUAUAUAGUAGAUGUACCUAGAACACAAAAUCAUGUCAGUGCAGAGUCUGCAUUGAUGGAGACUGAAAUAACAAUAUGACGGAGCCAUAUUGUGGACGCGAAAGGACGCGUUUGGACUGGAUGAACUGGAUGUAAAAACAAAAAAAAAACAACAACAAAAAAAGGAAGAAAUUAAAGACAGACGUGGAUGUGGAAUUCAUGCCAAAUCGAACAAAUUUUAAUGCGUUGGCCCGGAGAAAUGUAAGGCAAAACAAUCAUGCGUUUCUAUGGAAACAGCUCUCUGGCCUAUAGCACACAAAUGCAUAGGAAAGUCGGGCAACAUUUGGCCAUGGCGGGUCAGAUGUCAGUGACUGUGCUGUGCCUGACGGAUCCUGCAGAUAUAUGAAAUGAGUGUAUAUCUGUUCAAGUGUUUAAGUCUUUUUGUGAGUGUGUUACAGUGGAUCAAAGAUGCCUUGAUAGAGAAUCACUUAUUUAUGAUAUCUGGCACCAGUUGUUACUGAACUGCUCACGGUGCCCUUGACUGUGGCAUCGCAAUGGCUGGCCUCGCGCUACGUGAGCCUUCUUUUAAUCCUGACGGGCGUGGGCUGUGGAUGCAUUUUGCAUACACAGCCCAUAUUUUUUUCACCCUUUGCUGGCUCACUUAUACACACAUCAGUCUCAUUCUGCAUAUGUCUACUGAAAUGCUUUGAAAUCCAACUUGAGAGUGUCAAACUGAAGUAGCGUGGGACAUUUCACGUGUGGGCACAGCUGCUGGUUCUGCUAAAACGGUUAACAGUGUGAUUUUUGCGAAGAAACAAAGAGGGGUUUUUUUCCUGUUUCCGCCCCUGCUGGUGUAACUCUUCUCCGUCACUGAACACUAUCAUGGGGCAGCGCUGGGCCUGCGCCAAGAGAUGAUGUCAUUGAAUUGCCUCACCUCUCUCCCUUUUGUGUAAUCAACCACUCUGUACUAUUCAGGUGUGACUGUACUGUCCCAAAUGCUAAUGCGCGCGUGCGUGUGCAUGUGUAUGUGUGCGUGUGAUUACACUUCUUGUGUGUAAGCUUUACAGAUCAUUCACUGUGUGUCUGGUUAUAAAGAGAUUGUCCUGCAGCAACUGUAAACCUGCCUGGAGUGACGCCACGGAGGGCUGGGACCGUCCAGCCGCCUGUCAGGCGCACUCAUAACGCUAUAGUGAAGACUCAGUGGUGUGUUCCUAGUUUCCAUAGUUCAAGAAAAAAGGAAAAAAAAUGUCAUCUACUUUUACAAUUUUUUUUCUCUGUGGGGUGAUUUCAAUGUACGCAACAAAAGCUUAUCAUGCAGAAUCUGAAU